UUAUUUCUACUAUAAUUUUUUUGUUUUCUUUUACUUUUAAGUUAAAAUAUUAAGUUGAAGUAUCAUGAUAAAUAUUACAUAGUAGAUGGGUGUGGAGAGGAGAAUUUUCCAGAAAAAAAGUACUGAGGUAAAUGUGGGAAGAUUCAGCGCAAGUUUUUAAAAAUGGUUGAAAUCGGAGAAAAUUUUGGUUUGAUAAAAGUCAUUGAGUUAUCUGAUUUAAGUAUUUUUAGCAAUUCAAUAGGAGAAAAUUUUGGUUUGACUAAAGUCAUUGAGUUAUCUGAUUUAAGUAUUUUUAGCAAUUCAAUAGGAAAGUUUCGUUUGAUGAAAGUUAUUGAACUAUCAGAUUGUUUUUGUAGCUCAGCAAGUAUGUACUCAUCAAGUAUGUACUCAGCAGAUAUAACAGAUGACACGUUUUUAUCUCAAGAUAAAAUUUUUGAACACUCAAAACAUAAAAAAGAAAACAAGUAUUCUGCUAGAGAGAAAACAGUUAAAGAUUGUGAUAGUGAUGAUGAUUUACCAUCCUUUCAAAGUGUACAAUUAAAAGAUCAAUAUAGCAAAGGUCAAGUUGUAUUUGCUAAGAUUAAAAAAUAUCCAUACUGGCCUGCAGUGUUCUACAAGAUGGCAUCAAAGUCCCAUGGUUACAUACAUUUUCUUGAAAAAGCAACCGAAAAUACAAAACAAACCAUCAAAGUUCCAUUGAAGAACAUUAAACAUUUUAAUUGUCCUGAAAAAGAAGAAAUUAUUAGUAUCGGAAGAAAAAAUGAUGAUUUUAACUUUGGUAUGAAUCAAGCAGAAGAUUAUCUAUGUAAACGUGCAUUAGGAAAGAUUCCUUCAUUUUUUGAUAAUUCUAUUGCAGAUAAAUGCAUUGAAGGAGAAACGCAAACUUUGUAUCAAAAAAGUCAUCAUUUAAAAAUGACAACUGAUAAUGAUACACUGUCUGAAAUAACAAAUAAAAAAAGAUUAACAACAAAUGAAGUUAAUGAUCAAAUCACAAAAGGUGUUGCUGUUAAUCCAAGACUUAUGGAGAGCAUAAUGUUAUCACGAGUAACUCUUCAAAAUAUAGCUACUGGUAAAGAGUUUUCCUACAGGCACGCUGUAUAUACAAAAGGUAACAGAAAAGAAAAAUCAGGUUUAAAAUGGCUUGGUGGGUAUGGUCCACUUAAUGAUCAGGAGUCAGACACAGUAGUGGAAACCCUUUUAAGUUGGUAUAAAGAAGACCAUUUACCAUAUAAUCCUAUUUCUUAUGUUUUGGAUGUUUGGCUUCCAGAGUCAAUAAUUCGUGGAAUUGCCUCGAUAAAUAACUUGAACUAUGAGGAAGCAGAAGAAUUAUAUCAAGAAUAGGGAAGUUUAUAAUUGUUUUAAAUUGUAAAUAUAUUUUAUUAUAUUUAGCAUUGUAUAUAAUUUUUUAUUGUUUUGUAAUGAUUCUACAUUACGGAAAAAUGUUGAGUUAGACAAUGCUCUAUAU